UUAAGCGGCAGUAUCGUUAUUACGUGCCGCCACCUUUCCCGAAUCCGUCACAGUUCCGCAGCCAAAGCGGGACAACAUCCGAGGGUGGUGGACACUCCCUGUGUGAUCCCGCCCAAAACCGCCGUCGUGGAAUCGUUCCUUCAUGCUCGGGUCCUCAGAAGCGACGCAUAGUCCUCCUCCUCCCUCUCUUCAUUACUCUCCCUCUGUCGGGGAUCUCGAUUGCGCCUCUACUCGGGACUCGACCCCCGUCACCACGCCCCUCGGGUUUGGCGUACCGUUGCGCAGACCGGAUAGGGAAAAGCUCUCGGAUUUCUCGUGGACUCGAAAUUCACUCGACAUCGGCGACACGCCCUCACCGUACUUUGACAGUCGGCAUCUUCACCCUCAUUUCGAUCCAGACCACGACUUUCCUCUCUUUCCUUCCUCCCCCCUACAAACCAACACCAUGACCGGUGCAGCCGCUCCGAUUGACAUUGCCACCCGCCAGAGUUCCGUCUCUCCCCCCGGACAGCAGGCGUCGAAUUUGACGUCUGCUCUGCAACGAGCCGGUAAUGGAGAGCGGACAGGCAGCUUAUCCCACGCGAACGGUGUCGGACUCAGUGUUUUCAAGGCUCCCCCUCCUCGCAAGGACUCCAUCGGUGCAGCGACUGCACAAUGGGGCAACGGGACGAAACCCAUCUCAAUGUCGGGUUCCAACCGCGACAAACCCCGCCGCGAGUCUUUGGCAGGAAGCUUAGUGGGUGGAAUGAGCUGGGGCGGUGUAUCUGUUGGCAGCUGGAUUCGUGAUGAUAUCAUUAUGACCGGCACUUCUCCGUUUACUUUCCAGUCCCCUUCGUUUCAUUCUUCCUCGUACUUACCCAAGCUGGAAGCGAACUUCAUGCGCGACUUCUCCUGCUGCGGGGUGACUCUCCCCACGCUUCACGAUCUAUUGCAGCAUUAUGAAGAAGCCCACGCCACCAAGUCCCCCCAGCAGGGGCACCGCCCUAGUCAAGGCGACAGUAGGGCAGCGAUGGCUGCUGUAGCGAUGGCACAACAGCAGGGUCAGCAAAAUAACAACUCAGGCCGUGGAUUGCAACCAGACAGGACUCUGGAUAUGCAACGAAAGUUGAACCAGACUCCCCACUCUCAGCAGCACUCGGACAUGGACACUAUUGAUGACAUGGAACUUGAUGAGCCGAUGGGUGAUCACGACGCCGCCACUUCGCAGCUGUUCGCGCCUCAGCCGCGCGAUGGAGGCCAGGGAGGUUUCGGUAACUCCAACCAAAGGGUUCCGCACCUGAAUCUCUCCAUGCUUCCAGGACAUCAGGGAUUCAAAAGUUCCCAGCCUGGAACACCGGUUGCUUCCGGGCGUCCGCUUUCGCUGCAAAACAACCCGACGGUUUCAUCCGUUAACACGCCUACUCUGAUGGCAAAUCCCCUGCAGAACUCCCAGUUCCGGACUACACCCGAUUCGUCUGCACCGGGGACCCCAGCGGAGAUGGACGACAGCAUGGUUGGAGGUUUUGGAGAGCUCCACAUGCAAAAUCCAAUGAUGCAGGGCCAGUCGCAGUUUGGCAGGUUCGCUGGAAACAACAACGACAUGGUGGACUUGUGUAUCGACGAACCAGCCAAGAGAUUGUUUAGCCCCACUGGUGGAAUCAACACCCCCAAUGCUCACUUUAAGCUCAGUGGAGCGCAGUACGGACCCAACAGUGAAAUUGCUCGACGAAUCCGAGAGCAGCAGCUGCUGGCGGGUGUUCCUGACACCACUGCCCUUCUUCCCAACGAGGAGCCGAAGCCUUUCCGUUGUCCAGUCAUUGGGUGCGAGAAAGCCUAUAAGAACCAGAACGGUCUGAAGUAUCACAAAGCUCAUGGCCACAACAACCAGCAGCUUCAUGACAACGCCGAUGGAACUUUUUCGAUCGUCAACCCCGAGACCUCAACGCCGUAUCCUGGAACGCUUGGUAUGGAGAAGGAGAAGCCCUACCGCUGCGAGGUUUGUGGCAAGCGUUAUAAGAACUUGAACGGCCUGAAAUACCACAAAUCGCACUCUCCACCGUGCAACCCUGAUUUCCAGCUUGCUGCAGGUCGGAACUUGGCAUUUGGCGGAGGAGUAAUGCAAGGACAGAACAUCAACGUUGCUGGGGCUGGCCUACCUGGCAUCGGUGAAGAGGGUCUCCUAUGAGGUCCCCUUAUCACGAAGGACAUGCAAUUCAUUUUUACGCAUCAUUAUUCC